AUGAUCGGCAUCACUUUUGUCUCCCUUCUGGCUCUCAUCAUCGGUCUCGCAGCAGGCUUGGUUAUCCCCUCCAACAACAAUGCCGUGUCUCCAGCCAUCGGACCCCUAGCUCAAGGCCAAAUGACGUUCUACAACCCUGGUUUGGGCGCUUGCGGUCAUACUCACGGUGACAACGACGCUGUCAUGGCUGUUUCUCACGGACGCUGGGACGAGGUCAAAACUCCCAACCCCAACGACAACCCACUUUGUGGUAAACAGAUUCGAGCCCACCGUGUGGACGAGCGCACUGGCAAGGAGGCCAGCGUCCUUGUCACCAUUGUCGACAAGUGCAUGGGAUGUGCUUACGACGACAUCGAUGUCAGCCCUUCCGCGUUCGACAAGUUGGCUGAUAAAGCCAAGGGCAGGGUCAACGUGGAGUGGUCCUGGGCCUGA